UGUUACAAUUUUAAGCAGUAAAUAAAUAAAAUUAAAUUUUAAAAGCUUUUGACAAAAUUAUAUUUAAUGUACUUGAAAAUGACGAACACUAUGAAACUAUUAUCCAAAAGUGCUGGAAGACUUUUAUUCGUAAGAAAUUAUUCGGUCUUCAAAGAGAAUCUUUGGACUCCUGCGAAAAUAGUCAGGUCACCUUACAAAGACAUAGAAAUACCAAAUUCCACAAUACCUGAACAUAUUUGGCGGAAUAUGGAGAAAUGGGCUGAUAAACCUGCUGUGGUCUGUGGUAUCACCAACAGAACUUAUACCUAUCAUCAUCUUUACAAAUCUUCCCGAAUCUUUGCUGCUAAUCUUCGUUCCAAAUUGAAAGUCGAAACUGGCGAUGUCAUCUGUAUCAUGAAGCAUAAUUCUCCAGAAUUCGUCGUUGCUUUGCUUGGAAUUCUUCAAGCUGGUGGUGAAGUUACUACUGUAAACCCUAUUUACACUCCUUAUGAAUUGCAAAAGCAACUUUUACUUUCAAAUCCGACCAUGAUCAUCGGUUCAACAGAAACAGUAAAAGUUAUCAAAGAAGCUUUCAAACUAAUGAAGAAAGAAAUACCUGUAAUCACCGUAAAAGAACCGAAUGAAAAUCUACCAGAAGGAACAAUAUCAUUUCAAGAACUGUCUGAAGACAACAAUGUUGAUUUAGAUGCAUUGAAAGGAGUUAGUAGAACAUCUGAAGACAUAGGCAUUCUGCCCUAUUCGAGUGGUACUACUGGGUUUCCCAAAGGUGUAGAACUUACUAAUAGGAACAUUGUUGCAAAUUGUGUACAACAGGACGUUGAAGGUGUUAAGCAAUAUCAUGAUACUACAG